AAGGCAGUCUGGCCUGGGCUUCCUUGCUCGUGCUUGCCCAGUGAGAGAGCGACCCAGUCUUCUUUUCAACAUUGUAUGCGCGUUGUGUUGUGUGUGUGUAUAUGCCCAGGUGCCGUUUCCCUUCGUUAUGCGCUUUGCCUUUGCCCUGCCCUGCCUGCCUGCCUUGGUUAUCUGCCUAUCUACCACCUGCUGCUGCUAACUGCUCUUGUUACUGUCCACUGCUACUACUCCAUUAUUAUUGUUAUUAUCGCUAAAGUAAAGCUAGUCCUAUUUUCCCUUAACUGCUUUACUUUCCAGCUGCAUCCUUCCAAUUUGUGUCAUUCGAUUCAAUUCUGCCAGUCUGCAAUUCUGCAAAUAAUUUCCCUACACCGAAUUUUUAUUCGCAAUCCCGAUCAUGGUCAUUAUCUGCGACAUUCUCUCUUCAUUUGCGAUAUACUAGCAAACAUACCAACUUUUCAUUCAAUCCCGUUUUUUUAGUGUCCCGGCUUCUCCAGUUCACACAAGGCCGUCCGAAGUCUCUUUUCUCAUCCGCUCCUUAAGCUGUUCGACCCGCGACCGACCCUAUCUUACUCGUACUCGUACCAGUGUAGAGUAGCCUC